GCGCGAAGGGGCCCGGCCCUAAGUAUUUUGUCCCGGCGGCGCCCCGUAGGCCGCGGCGCAGCGCUCCGGAGUCCGGCCCGGCCGCAUCGCCAUGGCUGCGGGUGGCGGCGUCGCCCCCUCCGCCGAGGGGCUGCGCUACCCCGAGUACGCGCCCCACUCGCCCCGACGCUCCGACGCGGACAUCGACCGUGGUCUGGCAAGAAGUUUGAUAGCUGUUGGACUGGGUGUCGCAACUCUUGCAUUUGCAGGUCGCUAUGCAUUUCAGGUUUGGAAACCUCUAGAACAAGUAAUCACAGAAACUGCAAAGAAGAUUUCAACUCCUAGUCUUUCAUCCUACUAUAAAGGAGGAUUUGAACAAAAAAUGAGUCGGAGAGAAGCUAGUCUUAUUUUGGGUAUAAGCCCAUCUGCUGGUAAGGCCAAGAUUAGAGCAGCUCACAAGAGAAUCAUGAUUUUAAAUCAUCCAGAUAAAGGUGGAUCUCCUUACUUAGCAACCAAAAUAAAUGAAGCAAAAGACUUGUUAGAAUCAACCACCAAACAUUGAUCUAUGCCUAAGGACCACCCUAAAGUGGAAGAAAGGAUAACUCGACAAGAAAAAUCCUGCAAACGAAAUGACACCAAUGUUUCAUAAUUUUCAUAAUUGUACUGACCAUAGUUCAUUUGUUCAUGACUAAACUAUAUAAUAAUAAAUGAUCAGUAACCUCUCUUUUAAAUUAUUUUAAAGGCA